AUGGAUCUGUUUGUUAUUAUUCUGACGCUAAUUUCAUUGAUGACAAAUUUCGAUCUUGCCAGGACUGCACAGCGUCCUCAUAUUGUUUUUAUAUUAGCUGACGAUUUGGGAUAUUUUGAUGUUGGAUAUCGCAACGGCUCGAUCGUCAAAACACCGAAUAUCGACAAGUUGGCGGCAGAAGGAGUGAAAUUAGAACGACAUUAUGCCCAGCCAUCGUGCAUGCCUUCAAGAAGCUGCCUUAUGAUGGGUAGAUAUCAGAUUCACACGGGAUUUGACUAUCGAUGCAAAGACGGCAAACGAUCCCAACUAUGUAUGCACCCUGAUACAAUAACGAUGCCGAUGAAGUUAAAAGAGAAUGGAUAUGCCACUCAUAUGAUUGGUAAAUGGCAUCUCGGCAAUAUCAGAUGGGAGUGUCUGCCAAAUGCAAAAGGAUUUGACACGUUUUUUGGCUAUCUGAGUGCAAUUGAAGACUACUUUACUCACUAUACUCCCGCCGGAGCUAACUGUCACGAUUUUUGGAGAAACCAUGAUGAAGUAGCUGAUGACUAUAAAGGACAGUAUUCAACACACUUAUUCACGAAGGAGGCUCAGGAUAUUAUUAAAAACCAUGAUAUCAAUCAGUUGGAAAAAACCAACAGUAAUACUACGCAGAAAUUGACAAUAUAA